AGAACAGAGUUAGAUAUUUUAUUCUGAAGAUUAAUAUUAAUACAUACAAUUACAAACUCUCAAAGCCCUGCACUGGGUCGCCAGGGUAAUAGGUCAAGGAGGAAACCCAGACAUCCCUUUCCUGGGUGACACCCAAAUUCUGGGAAACCUCAAAGCGUUCCCAAGUUUACUGGGAUAUAUUGAAUUUCAAUUAAAGUUUGUUGAACUUGUAACUAAUACAAGAGCAGUUAAUGACAUUUUUUUUUUUUUUUUCAAGGAGUGCAUAAUACAGACAUAUUGUGUAACCACUUUCUUUUCAAUAUACAUUAUAUCUUAAUCUGCUUCUGCUUACAUAAGUACAACAAUUCCCAUAUAUAUUCAUGCAUACAUACAUAAAUACAUAUGUUAAAUGAAAUAGUAUGGUUCAUAUUUAUAAGUGAUGCUAAAACACUAGUAAUGACAGUUUACAUUGUAUAUUCAUCUAUAACUGCUCUUGUCCCACUUUUUGAACUGUGUAAUAUUUGGACAUUGCUGUAGCUCCGCAUCCCAGACUGUUCCAAAGUUUCACCUAACACACACACACACACACACACACUGAAAUACAGAGAGUCCCUCCCACGAGUUCUGGGAGGCUGUAGGGUGACACGUUCAGUUAUUUCAUGGCCCACUGCAGCACAGCAACCAUGAAAGAAUAAAUAGUGAAAUAAUCAGUUCUUAUUUUAAAAUAUAAAGAAUUCAGGUUUUAGUGAAGGUUUUCAUCUGUUUUAAGUAUUUAAAUCAUAGAUAUUUAUAUAUGCAUAAUUUUUAUGGAAUGUAUUUACAUGUUUUACCAGUUCUUUACUAUAUAAACAUAAUUCAGAUUUUUCAUUUAUUCUAUAGGUUGUUCCUCUUUUCGCCUUAGAUAUUGUUUAACAUCUGAACAUUUGUUUAAAUGUAUUGAUAUUAUAGUACUGAGAUUAAUACAAAGAAAAAGAGAAAUAAUGCGGGAAGUACAGCAUGCGUCUCUACAAUAAAACCGGAAGUGUUGGAAGCCAUGGUAACCAAAUCACGCUAAACAGGUGUAUGCCACACGUCAUAUAAGCUAUUGUUUUUUGUGCUACUGUAGUUCUUUGAAUGUCCCGGAAAGCGCUUAAAGUGUUGGCUGAAAUAAAGAUUCGAGCGGUUUCUUGUCCAGGAGUUCAUCUGUCAGCCAAAGAUGAUAUUUAUCUCAGAAUGGACUUCAUGGGCCAGUUCCAUCAGUCUGAAUGUCUUCCUGCUGUCUUUCCUUUGUUGUUCCAUGAGAAGAUGACAUUUGAAAAGAUUUUCAGGCAUGCAGUUGACCCUGGAGACAUUGCUGUACUGCUCAAGUACGAAGCUGUCAGAAUAGAGCUGGUGCAGCUGAUUCCUCCAGACCAUGUUCAUUUUGUAGCUGGAGACACUCUGGCAUGCUUUGAAGAAGAUGCUCGAAGUUUCCUGUUUCCGGAGCCCAAGCUUGUUCCCCCAUUCUCUGGAGUGGGUCGAGAAGUUCUGAUGAGGACAGCCGCUCACUUCCCUGGUAUUGCUCCUCGGUUGGAGUUUUCUACCAGGACAACCAUUACUGAAUGCCCACCUGAUACAGAGGUCACCAUUUGCCCUAAAACUCCAAUUAGGCCAGCAAUAAGAAGAAAACUGAGGCGCUCUAGCAUACCUCGAUCCACACCUCCUCAGACCGCUUGGGGAAGGGAAAGUGUUCGGAUGGACAGAGAAAGACCCAGAACUGUCAAACCUCUUUUAUACAUUCCCAGAUCCCAGUCCAUGUCUCCAGGGAGAGAAAACAUCCAGAACCUGGCCCAGCUCAGCAUCGACUCUGCACCCCCCCUCACCUCUGACUGGGAGACUAGGUCUCAACCUAGCUCCUUCUUGGUGCUGAUUGGAACUGGAGGCAGCUGGCCAGUGUCUCCAGAAGAGUUUAAGAUCCACUACUUCCUGGAACACAGUAUCUCUCUUCUUCUUGCUGUCUCUCAGCCCUCUUCCCUUCCCUGCUUCUUAUCCUCCAGCCAGCAAGGGUUUUUGUUAGAUUUUUUUUUUUGUUAAAUAAACCUAAUUUUUUGUUAUUCCAUUACUUCCCUUUAUUUGUGGUGGUGUUAGAGCCAGACCACAGUCACAAAACACUCCCUAUUAUCCAUCAUGUAGUCCAACACUGCAGUAGCCAAGUCGCGGCCACUCUCCCUCCCAUUGCUCUCUAGUCAGUUUGAACCACUCUGGUGGUUGUGGUCCUUCAUACACCAGUAAAUACUUUUUAAGCUUCUCCUGCCAUUGGUUUGGUGUUCACUGGUAGCCCUGAGCGGCCAUUAUCUUGGACACCUCUUUGAAUACUUUUUCAUUUCUUGUUGCUCCAUCCAGCUGCCUCUCUAUCUUCUCCUCAGCCAAAAAUGUCUGCAACUCGUCGUUGGACCGUCGAUUUCAGUGCUUUCAUUUUCUUUCAAUAUCAGAAUAUGCUCAAUCGUUGUUCUGAGUUUUUUAUUUAAAUUCUUGUUAGACAGUUGCUAGAGUGAUGCGACUAGUGACGAAGUCCGCUACCCAAUCAGUGACCAACCGUCUUCUGAUGUCACAUUUUCAGCACGAUUCGGCUCGUUUGGAACUGUGUCCAACUAAGUACUAAAAAUAGUAACAGUUCCACAUAACCACUACUAAUAGAAAACCCAAAAAAUCAAGUGGAGCUGAGCCCAGUUGAGCCGCGCUGAGUAGGGACAACUGGAAAAGGGGCAUUGAAGUCUUCUCUGCAGCUGAUACUUUUAGAUUGAAGUUCUGGCUGAUCCAGAAAACUGUUCUUUCAGCAGCAGAAUCUUUAGCGGCAGUUUCCUGCCAGUUUUGUGCAAAGAAGUAUUAGAUGCUCAUUAUUCUUUUGAGGUAACAAUUGCAAAUAUAAGAAGGCAAAGAAAAAAAUGUGUAACCCUUUUUGCUAACAUCCUAAGCUUUCGAUCAUAGCAAGUAAAGUUCUAGCAGUAAAACCUUUAACUAUCUGUUUUCAUUUGUACUUUCU